UGUCUGAGUGUUUGUGUCACACGUCUCACACAUUGUGGUCUUGUUUUGGUUGACAUCUGAUCCCACGUGAAGACAUUUCAUCGAAAUGUUGAUCGAAAACAACGAAACGUUCUUGAGCGAAAUGACAAAACUGUUUCACGCGAACCAAACAAAAGGCGGAUCACUGUAUAUAACGAUGAAGAGGUUGGAGCCAAAGGACCAGAAGCUCAAGAGGAAGAAGCCAUCGACGAGACCGCAGACGAAGAAGACGGCCACCGCUAAGCCCAAGACCGAGACGACCAGUCAGUCGUCGACACAGCCCUCUGAGAACAAGUGUCUCAUUCGUGUCCAUAACAGCAAACGCAAGAUCUCGACGGUUGUGGCCGCGAGAGAUGUCAACAAAUUUCAACUCGCAUACGCGAACCUAAUUAAAGGCAAUCUGUUUGGACUCAAGAAGAAGGAUAAUAAGAAGAAAAGUGGACUCAAAUCAAAGGCCACUCAAUAAGUAUUUAUUGAUUUUUUCAUUUUAAUUGAGUCUAUAUUUGAUUUCAACAAUUUGUUAAUAUUUUCAAUCAAUUGUUAACAUCUUUUUCAUUAGAUAUUUAUAUU